AGUCUGAAAAUGAUGCGAAAAUGUCGUUUUAUUGAGAAAUGAUGUGAUGACGAAUUCAUUAUCAUUGAACGUAUAAAUUAGUUUUGCAACGGGUAGCACAGUUUAAUCACUUUAUUCCUCGUAGAAGUGUCGGAGUGGUCUUUCCGUGCUUGUGAAGUGUUGUAGUUAAAACAAUUAUUAUGGAGUUUCCACACCUAGGACGAAAUUGUGCUUUUAACACUUGUAAUAGACUGGAUUUCUUGCCCAUGAAAUGUGGAGCGUGUCUAGGAUCGUUCUGCUCAGACCACUUUGCCUACAUAAACCAUGAUUGCCCUGCGCCGAACACUAGAGAUGUCCAAGUACCUGAAUGCCCGCUCUGCGGGGCCCCCGUGCCGGGGAAGCGCGGGGAGCGACCAGAUGUGGCCGUUAGCGAACACAUAGACAACCAAUGCCAGUCUGACCCAGCUAAAGAAAGGAGAAAAAAGGUUUACACAAACCGCUGCGCCUACAAAGGUUGCAAGACGAGAGAGAUGAUACCAGUAGUGUGCGGCGAGUGUACUCUUAAUUACUGUCUGAAGCAUCGACAUUUCACGGACCACGCCUGCGAGGGCCCACUGGCGGCUAAGAGAAAACGUGCGGCUGAGGCAGCCAUGGCGAGGUUACAAAGCGGUCAAACGAAUAAGUUCCAAUUUGAAACACCUAUAGCGAGCAACCCGGGCCGCGCUCGCGUCGCCACUCUACAAGACGUGCAGGCGGUACAAGGCAAUAUGUCGGAAGAUGAAGCCCUAGCACACGCCCUGUCGCUGUCCCUGCAGAGCUCCUCCCUGGGCGGCGCGGGCGCGAGCGGAGACGUGGCCGUCGCGCGCGCGCUCGCCCGCCGCGUCGGAGGUGAGCAGAACUCGCGCUGUACCGUCUCCUAGGAGGCCUAAUACAUCCCCACAGCCCUACACUUUAUCAGCUUAUGUGAGAGGCGUACCGUGUCGUAGGAGGUCUCUUUGGCUCCACGAAUUGACUAGCUUAUGAAUAUGAAUACAUAUUUAAUUAUACGAACGGGUCUAAUGCGUCAUUGGUUUUACCUUAUAGCGGUAGACCCGUUCGUAUAAUUAAAUAUGUGUUUAAAACGCGAGAGUUUAAAGUAGCUUAUGAAUAAUGUGGGAUGGGUUCUUUGAGAGCAUCAUUCGUGUUGUAACGAAUAUGAGGUCUAAUACAUCUCCAAGAGUCCUAGACUUAUUAACUAGCUUAUAUUAAUGUGGGAUGGGUUUGUGGAUAGAACGAGCGUGUUGAGAGAGUAGUGUUGUGCUGUUUGAUAGGAGGCCUAACAGAUCUCCAAGGGAUUUAAUUGCUUGGGUAAGAGCUUUGAGAGCAUAAUUGCUGUUAUAUACGUCUCAUAGGAGGCCUAAUACAUCUCCUACGGUCCUAAACUUAACUAGCUCUGUGAGACAAUUAACCCUUCGUAUGCAUUUGUCCAAAAUUUGCAACUGAAAUAAUAACCUUGAAACCGUAAAUUACAGUCCAAAUUGUGUGUUACGUAUACGGGACAAGGCAUACGAAAGGUUAAUAUAUGGCGAGAAUUGGUUAACCCUUCAAGUGGCAGAAACCGGUUCCCGAUCAAUUACGUCAAUUAAAUUUGAUAUUUGAUUAAUUAAAAUAACAUGAAAGUACCAACAACUCAAAAAUGACGUAUGCCACUUGAAGGAUUAAGAAAGCUUGAGCGAUAUUUGAAAGAUUCGUGCUGUAGUCUUUUAACACAUUCGCGGACACGAAUGCUAUAGCAUUCGCGUAGUUUUUUGUUUCCAUUUGCCUAUGGCGUAACUCACAGUCCGCGAACGUGUUUAGGGGUCGAAUCGGCCUCUCAGAAGUGGAAUUGGAAAAGCUUGUACGUGACUGUCAGUGGUCUGUAAAAUCUAGCCGGGUAAUUACAAUAAUGACAGUGAUUUUUUUUUGUAAUAAAAGUGAUUAAAAUGACCAGUCUCUUAUGAGAUAUUUUCUGAAUUGCUUGUCCGUUCGCCAGUUUCGAAUCGCAUGCGCAACUAUUGUUAAUAUUACUUAAUUGUCACAAAUACCUAUAUAUUUAUGUAAUAAAUUAAUACUUAUAAAGAGAUCAAAUUGCUUGUAAGAUAUAUGUAUAAUUUGUCAAAGGACUGUCUCAUUUCAAACAUAGACAGAGAGUAUCAUACUAUAUUUGUCUUACACUAGUACUAGCACCCAAAAGAAAAGGAUAAGUAUAGUUUUUUUUUGUUCCUCUUUACUCACAAUUUGGUUUGACCAACUAUAACUGGUACGUUUUUUAAAUGACAACAAUUUACGUCAUAUUGUAAGAUUUUAUUUGCACGAAAUUAAAGCGAAGGGGUGCGCUAAACCUACGUAUAUGUACCAUUCUGCUGUGAUUAUUAUUAUGUAUUACAAAUAUUACAAUUGUACCUGAAAAUGUACCAUUCUGCUGUGAUUAUUAUUAUGUAUUACAAAUAUUACAAUUGUACCUGAAAAUAUGUGGCUUUCCAUCAGAAAAGGGCCCUUAUGCUCCAACUGCAUGUAGCAUAAAGACCCUUCUCUGCAUAUAUCUUAUUUAAGACCGAAUUAAAAUUGUAAUCUAUUUAUGUACGCUUUGUUUUCGAAUCUGUAUGUAUUGUUGAUCAAUUUUGCGAUGUUUAAAGAGUAAAGGUACGCCACUUCA